AAACAAUGGCACUGCUACUGUGUGUAACAUAAUGUCACAACUCCGAACGCUGAUGGGAUCAGUGCCACGUUCUGCCACGAUGGAGAGCAGGACACAGUAUGUACAACUCUGUAUAUACUACUAAAGCCAAUGAUCCCGGAAAUCUGGGACAAGUGUUAAUACUAUUUGGACAGAAAAACAUAAUCCAUGAGUUGUUAUUACACCAGGUAUGUUUAUUUUAAUAAAUAAAUGAGAUAUUAGCUAAAACGCAGUUAUUCAAUGUCACUUCUGUGUUUCUAAUGCGUACAACUGAUGCUGAUGAGCUUGGGUUGCUUAGCAACCGAAACACUCCCUUUAACGCUCUUGUCUCUGUGAUCGUGUGUUCGCUAAAUAAAGUUACAUUUGUUUUGGAUGUGGCGUUUCGUUGCGCGGCAGACGCUUUUUGGUUGCUAGGGGUGACAGACAUGGCGGCUGAGGGUGAACAACGUGCGGCCUCUGAAGUCUUCCAGGCUUUGGUCCGGCAUUUGAACUGUCUGAAUGAUGAAAAUAAAAGUACGAGGAAAAGGGCCCUGGCUUCUAUCCAGCGGGAGAUCGAGGACAAGAGGCUGUCCAGCGGGGCCAUGCAGGAGGUCUUUGGGGAACUCCUGAAACCCUUGCUGAAGUGUCUGUCAGACCCCAUGGAGAAGUGCAGGGAGCUAUCUAUCCAGAUCAUCGCUCACUGUGUGAGGAAUGUACCCAGGCCUGAGGAGGCUUUACCCUACCUGAUACCGGCUGUCGCCCAGCGCUUGGGGAACCCCGAGAUCGUGGAGCCCUCCGAGGAACUGAGGUUAGCCCUGACCGAGCUCCUCGCUCUCCUGGUGGAGGUGUGUGGGAAGAAGCUGGGCCCCUACUUGGACGAAAUGAUCAGGAUCUUGCAGAGGACAAUCACAGAUCCCUUCCCAGAUGUGAAGAAAGAAAGCUGCAAGUGUGCAGCAAACUAUGCAAAGUGCAUUCCAGACCUCUUCCACAUGCAGUCGGAAUCUCUUAUCAAGCCCCUCAUGCAGACUAUCUCACACCAGCACUCCAAAGUUCGCAUAGCAGCGAUUCAGGCAACGGGUGCAAUAAUCCAGUUUGGUAACGGGAAGUCUGUGGAUGACGUCUUGUCCCAUCUUGCGCAAAGACUUUUUGAUGAUGCCCCCCAGGUUCGACAGGCGGUAACUAUUGUAGUCGGUGAAUGGCUUUUGAACCUCAGGGACAGAUAUUCCUACUUCCAUAAACUAAUACCUCUUCUGCUGAGCAGCAGUACUGAUGAGAUCCCAGAGAUUAGACAACUGGCUGAGAAAUACUGGGAUAAAACUGGCUCGCAAUGGGAAACGGAGAAUGAAGAAGAUCUGAAAGACAAACUUGACUUCAGUGCCCCGUCCCCAUCGUGUUAUCCGGCUGGAGUACGGAGACCCGGAUUGGGAUGUCAAGAGUUAAUAUUCAGGAACCUGUCCAAAAUCCUUCCUGCCAUCAGUCACGACAUUACCGACUGGGUCGUUGGGACGAGGAUUAAAUCUUCCCAGCUCCUUGCGGUUUUGCUGCUACACGCCGAGGAUCACACCACUCAACAUAUGGAGCUCAUACUGAGUACCCUGUACCAUUCGUGCUUAGAUGAGGAACAGAAAGUUGUGCAGAGCAGCGUGCAGUCGGCAGAGUUAAUCGGAACGUUUGUGAACCCCGAGGUGUUCCUCAAGUUGAUUUUGAACUCGCUUAAGAAGUCUCCUCUGGCUUCACAUCUGAUGGUGCUGGCGGCGUGUAUCCGAGGAAGCUCGAGAGAACGGCUGAAGCCCCAUUUAAACCAGAUAAGCAGUGUCCUGUCCCACGCGGAGACCUGCCAGGGGUCCGAAAAGGUUCUUUACCUGGAGCAGCUCCUGAACUGUGUAGACUCUUUGAUAGGCGCCUGCCAGCAAGACUGUGAAGAGGUCAGCUUGUACUGUAUGAAAACCCUGAUCACUAUACUGGCCAGCCCGGCGGCGGAAAAUCUUUACCAAAAGGUCCAAGAAGUGUUGCUCUGCUUAGCCAAGGUACAAGGAUUAGCCGGGGUCCAUGAUCUGUAUAGACGGCACAUUCAGCCAUUAUUGGAGUGGACGUGCAGUAAUCACCAGCACUGGACCAGCUAUUCAGUAGAACGAGUGCAGUUUGAAGUCAUCGUCACGGAAUCGGGUCCUGUGAUCGGGGAGAAUCUUCACCUGUUGGUCCCGGUUUUGAAUACUUGCCUUCAGCCAACUCAGGAACCGCAGAUGCGUCUGAAGCUUUUUACGGCGCUGUCCAAACUGAUGGGCAAAGCCGAUGAAACCCUCAAUUCUCAGGGGCAGUUCCAUAAUCACUCUCAGGCCAUCAUAAAAGACAUACUAGUUCCAAAUUUGAAGUGGCAUGCGGGUCGGACAGCCGCAGCCAUUCGUACCAUCGCAGUGUCCUGCCUUUGGGUCCUUCUCCAGAGCGAAGUCCUGUCUAAGCGAGAGAUUCUUCAAGUGCAAGACGUGCUGAUACCUCCAGUGAUCACCACACUAGAAGAGGACUCCAAGAUGAGCCGACUGGUGUCUUGUCGCAUUAUCCGGGCCCUUCUGAGCAUCUGUGAACAACAUGUGGACCCAGAUAAACUGAACAAAAUAUACCCUGAGAUAUUGAAGCGCCUCGAUGAUGCAUCCGAUGAAGUCAGAGUGACGGCUGCCAAGACCCUGUCUGUCUGGUUUAAAUGUAUCCAUGACGAUUAUGACAGGACAACAUAUAAGAGCCACUUAGAAUUUUUAUAUAGAGGUCUUCUAGUGCAUCUUGAUGAUCCAGAUACCACCAUCCAGGCUACAGUAUUCGAAGUUUUAAAGGAAGGAAGUGUCAUUUACCCAUCUUUGCUAGCCCAAGAAAUCGAAGCCGUCCGAGAUAAACACAGAACAGCGACUUACUGCGACCGGCUUCUGCAUCGUAUCGAGGAACUGAACUGCAGCAAGCAGACGGAAGCCACGUAGCCGGCGCUUAACAUUAAUCCGGGGGAAUAUGUCAUAAAGGGGGAAAAUAGGAAAAGAUU